CUCUGAUUUUUUCUAAUUAUAGUAUCGUGGCUAUUUCCAUUUUCCACAAACGGUUAAUUCGGAAAACAAAACCCAGCUGAAACCGAAAACUGAAACUGAACCUGGGGGGUUUUUACGUCUUUUCACCUUCAUUUCAAUGGAGCUUGGUGGUUGUUCUUCUUCUUCGUCUUCUUCAAGCUUGUGCCUGCAACAAUUAACAGCACUAUUACGCACCGAAAAAAGUUCUUGUUGUGUUUCCACUCGUGACUGGAGGAGCAUCAGCAGCAAGAAGAGAGCAACAACACUUUCUUCCAUUUCCACGCGAACAUUUUCAGUGUCGUAUCGCAAAUUUGUCGAUUUCGCUUUGGAUGAAACCACAAGCCACACUCACUUGUUCUCUUCCCCUCUACAGGAAAAGUAUAAUUCUCUGGAGCCGAAGGAUGGUAAAGGAGAGAUUAGUAUCCAAUCAUUCGAAGCUGCCGAGAUUCGGCUUCUACGGAGUUUGAUCAUUGAGACAGAAACAAUGCAGGUUCUGGAUUUCACUGUCUUUCCAAGAGCAGAAUAUGAUGUCCCCAUAUUUUGUGCUAACUUUUUCACCACCGCUAGAACAAAUAUUGUCGUCUUGACAACAUACUAUGUAUAAAUUUGUAAUGUGGAUCAGUACUUUAAAAGCUUAAUUCCUCUUGGCCUUAAAUAUGCAGAGCUUUUUCCAUGGGGAGGGAAGCUCACAAGUGAAUCUAUAAAGUUCUUUUCACCAAUUGUCAUUUGGACAAAGUUCAAUUCAAGCCCAGAAAAUUAUGAAAUUCUAUAUUCUGCAUUCAAGGAUUAUUACAAGGUAUGGUUGGAGUUGGUAAGCAAAGCCGUUAAAGCGACUGAUGAAUCCCAGAUUUCCCGGAAUCUCGAAGCUCAACAUAGAUAUCUGGUGUGGAGAGCAGAAAAGGAUCCUGGACAGGGUGUUUUGAAGAAACUGAUUGGGGAAACACUUGCAAAGGAUUUGCUAAGAGGCUUUCUCUUUAAUGGAGUUGACGUACUAGGCAGCAAAACAUUCAAUGAUUAUUUUCCGCACUACUGCUCGAAGGAUGGUGAUCUGAAUAAUAAAGGCAGCAUUAUUGGGAAGUCUUUUGAAAAUCGCCCAUGGGACGAGAGAGGAGAAUUCCUUGCUGAACACACACACUGGUACAAAUAAUUUGAAUGUGUUCUUGCGUGAGUAACCUGGACACAACGUCGGCUAUGAGAGACGGCGCCGAGCUUUUAUCUUCAAUGUCGAGCUAUAAGUUAGGAAAAUCUGAGCUCUUUGUCCAGAGAAGUGUCAUGGAGAGAAUGAACAAAGGGGAUGUACCUGCAAAAGGCACUCCGAUAUUUAAGUUAGUACUGUGAAUUCAGUAUAUCCUUUGAAGACAAAAUAUCAUACUUUUAUAGGUGAGAUAGAAUAGGUCGGUUACGUUUUUAUUGAUCAUCUGAAUUGAAGAACAGUUAAUAGGUUUUAAUAAGUAAUAAUGUCUAAUCGGACGUUUUUAUUCCAGAAUGUAAUUCGUUAAGUCUGAUUGUAACGUAUAACGCCGAAUUAUAACGUAAAAUGCCAAGUUAUAGUGCAUAAUGUCGAGUUAUGACAUCGAAUUUGUAUCGGCCGUGUCAGAACGCUCCCUACAAAAUUUGUUCCCGUCAUAAUUUAGAAACGUGCUUGGUAUGUUCAUCCU